UGUAUCGAUUCCAACCGUAUUCGCAUUGCAAGUGUGAACCGAACCAUAUGCGAGGGUAUAUAAGCACAAACGACAUGACAGCUCGUCCAUUUAAGUCCGUGACUUUUUACCGUGUAUUACUAUUGCACUUGUUCUUAAAUUUCAUCGGAAGUCCUUACACGAAUCAUAAUGGGUAGGGAGAACAAGGCAGCCUGGAAAGCUAACUACUUCGUUAAAGUUGUUCAACUUUUGGAUGAAUAUCCAAAAUGUUUCAUCGUCGGUUGCGACAAUGUUGGUUCACGCCAAAUGCAAACCAUUCGUACAUCAUUGCGUGGUUUGGCCAUCGUAUUGUGUGGUAAAAAUACCAUGAUGCGCAAAGCCAUCCGUGGUCAUUUGGAGAACAAUGGUUUAUUGGAAAAGAUCUUGCCACACAUCAAAGGCAAUGUUGGUUUCGUUUUCACCAAAGGCGAUUUGGCUGAAGUUCGUGAAAAAUUGACCCAAAGCAAAGUUCGUGCUCCAGCUCGUGCUGGUGCUAUUGCACCAUUAGAUGUCAUCAUCCCAGCCCAAAACACCGGUUUGGGUCCAGAAAAGACAUCUUUCUUCCAAGCUUUGUCCAUUCCAACCAAAAUUUCAAAGGGUACUAUUGAAAUCAUCAACGAUGUACCAAUUUUGAAACCAGGUGACAAAGUCGGCGCUUCAGAAGCUACAUUGUUGAACAUGUUGAACAUUUCACCGUUCUCAUAUGGUUUGGCCAUUCAACAAGUGUACGAUUCGGGUUCAAUUUUCUCGCCAGAUAUAUUGGACAUUAAGCCAGAAGAUUUGCGCGAAAAAUUCAUGGUUGGUGUUGCCAAUUUGGCAGCCGUUUCAUUGCAAAUUGGAUACCCAACACUUGCAUCUGCACCACACAGCAUUGCCAACGGUUUCAAGAACUUGCUCGCUUUGGCCGCUACCACCGAUGUCGAAUUCAAAGAAGCCACCACCAUCAAGGAAUACAUCAAGGAUCCAUCGAAAUUCGCUGCUGCCGCCGCCGCUGCUGCCCCAGCUGCCGCUGCCGAAAGCAAGAAAGAAGAGAAGAAAGAAGAAAAGAAGGAGGAAUCCGAAGAAGAGGAUGACGACAUGGGCUUCGGUCUUUUCGACUAAACGUCUCCAACAUUGGCUUGAGAUAAAUGUAUACCCAAUUGCCAAAUGGUUUAUGUAAAUACUCGUCUGGUGUGUUUCGGAUAUCACCAAUGGCGACAUGCAUAAAUUCAUUUUCAUUUUUUGUCAUUUUAUCUCACGCAACCAAACAAACAUUACAAAAAUGUUGAACAAAAUAUAAUAAAACUGAUUUGUACGUUUGAACAUCAUUGGAUGUUUUUUCAUUUGAACAACUUUAAUAAAUGUACAAACUGGCAAAAAAA